CAUUUUCUUGUACCAUUGAGAGCAAAACUAACCAUUUUUCAGACAAAUAAUUAAAAAAAUAUGGCUUUACCUUCGAAUAACCUGAAAUUGAGAUUCAUGUGGCAGUACAUUGGAGCGAUGACAGUGGCAUUACCAAUGCUGAUGCUGGGCAUGGCUACCGCUUGGCCAUCUCCUACAUUACCCAAGAUCAAAGAAAACAAUGCACCACUCUCCUUGGACCAUUCCGAGAUAUCUUGGGUGGUAUCUCUCAUGUUCUUUGGUAACACACUAAGCCCUUUACCUGUUGGUCAACUCAUGGACAAGAUUGGAAGGAAAUGGACCUUGUACGUGUUAAACGUAAUGCCUCUAACUGCAUGGAUUAUCACGUAUUACAGUCGCUCUGCAUGGUACUUGUAUGUUGCUCGUUUCCUCAACGGAUUGGCAGCGGGAGCAGCCUACACAGUAUGUGCCGUCUAUAUUGGAGAGAUAGCAGAACCGUCUAUAAGAGGGUCAAUGUCCAACUUUAACAACCUUUUCAAAACUCUGGGUGGUCUAUUAGUAUUUAUUGUAGGUCCCUAUGUGUCAUAUGAAACUCUUGCUCUCACCUGUGGUCUGGUGCCAGCCUUGUACUUCCUUGUGGCGGCAUUCAUCCCGGAGUCUCCAUAUUAUCUUGUUAUGAUGAACAGAAAACAAGAAGCAAAAGAGGCUCUGAGGUGGUUGCAAAGGAAAGACGAUCAAGCUCUUGAUCAGGAAUUAGCAAUGGUAGAAAAAACGGUAAUUUCCCAGACACAAAAUAAAGGUUCAGUCAAAGAUCUGUUCAAAGAUAGAGCAAAUCGUAAGGCAGUUGGCAUUACUAUGAUCUUAUCCGUGGUAAAAAAUCUGAGUGGAUAUGAUGUGAUGAUGGCUUACACCUCCACAACACUUCCUCCUGAGGCAUUUAAUUCCUUUGGUCCUAAUGAAUGUGUCAUCAUCCUGGGAGUGAUAUCAGUAGUUACAUGGAUCAGGAUUUGGGUGGACAUAGGGAUAUCCCAGGGAGUUCCCCAGGAAACUCUGAGGACUUUUGUGCGGGAUAUACAGAGGAUAUCCCCCAUCCCACUGGGAUAUCCCCAGGUCAUUCCAAGGAUCUUCUUGUGUUGUGUGGGUCCAUAUCAGACUGGACUCGUAUCAUCGCUGGAGAGUUCAAGUCCGUUUCAUUAG